AGUAGGUUACGCUUUACCGGAUGGACGGUUUAUCACUUUAUCCUGAUCUUUCUGUUUCAUGUAGUUUCUUGUCGAUUUCUUUUUACCGGAUCGCCCUGAAAUGACUUCAAGUUCAAACUCUUCGAAAAGAUCGAAGGACUACGGACGGAGAUCUCCCGAAAAAGCUCCGAACGCGGCAAAAAAAGCCGUAUUCGUGAGCAGCAAUUCUUUACCAGAAGGGACUCCAAUAGUCAAAGGUUAUGAUUUCAACCAAGGAGUGGACUAUGGAAAGUUGCUCGGAUCAUAUUUCCAUAAUGGGUUCCAAUCGACAUAUUUUGGACUCGCAGUUAAAGAAGUUCAAAAGAUGUUAGAUUGUCGAAAAACACCUUUAACUUCUGAUCAGAAGGACACCUUGGAAGAUGAUACAUUUAUUGCUAGAAAAUCUAAUUGCACGAUAUUCCUUGGGUUUACUUCAAAUAUGGUGUCAUCUGGAGUUAGAGAUACUAUUAGAUUUCUUGUGGAACACAAAAUGGUCGACUGCCUUGUGACUACUGCUGGAGGCGUUGAAGAAGACUUAAUCAAGUGCCUAGCUCCGACAUACUUAGGGGAUUUCAAUCUAGACGGAAGAGAAUUGAGAGACAAAGGAAUCAACCGUAUUGGAAAUCUUCUAGUGCCUAAUGACAACUAUUGCAAGUUUGAAGAUUGGAUCAACCCAAAAUUAGACAUAUUCCUAGAGGAACAGAGGAAAAAUGGUACAAUCUGGAGCCCGUCAAAAAUGAUAGAACGCCUUGGAUUGGAAAUCAAUGAUACCAGUUCUAUUUGUUACUGGGCAGCUAGAAACCAGAUUCCCAUAUUCAGUCCAGCUCUUACUGACGGCAGCCUCGGUGAUAUGAUGUACUUUCAUUCAUAUCGCAAUCCAGGACUGAUAGUUGACAUCCUUCAAGACCUGAAAAGGUUAAAUUCUAUCGCAGUAAAGGCAGUUCACAGCGGAAUGAUCAUAUUAGGUGGUGGAGUCGUCAAGCAUCAUAUCUGCAAUGCAAAUCUAAUGAGAAAUGGUGCUGACUUUGCUGUUUUUAUCAACUCUGCUUCUGAAUUUGAUGGAAGUGACAGUGGCGCACGGCCAGAUGAGGCAAUCUCAUGGGGGAAAAUAAAGAAGACAGCAUCACCCGUUAAAGUGUAUGCAGAGGCAAGUCUUGUUUUUCCACUCUUAGUUGGGGAAACAUUUGCAAAGGAGCAUUUCAAGACAAAACCUUUGUAAACCUUUCAUUUAAAAAAACUUUUAUACCACA